AUGCACCUAAUCAUCAAUGCAGGAAAGGGAAACCAAACAGCUCUUGCAGCAUUUAUUCUCGUGGACUUCAACCGUGAGGAUCUACGCAUUUUACUUUUCAUGUUAUUUCUAACUAUCUAUAUAGCAACCAUGGCUGGGAACAUCCUCAUUGUUCUUCUUGUCAUCACUGAUCAGCACCUUCACACCCCCAUGUAUUUCUUCCUGGGGAAUCUGUCCUGCCUGGAGACUUGCUAUAGCUCAACCAUCAUGCCAAGGAUGCUGGUCAGUUUUCUGAGUGGGGAUAAAACCAUUUCUAUUGGUGGAUGCUUUGCACAACUUUAUUUCUUUGGCUUUCUUGCUGGUACAGAAUGUUACUUCCUCGCAGUCAUGUCUUAUGAUCGUUAUUUAGCCAUAUGCAAACCAUUGCAUUAUGCAAUGCUAAUGAAUGGCAGAAUUUGUGUCCAGCUAAUUGCUGUAUCAUGGAUAAGUGGUUCACUGGGGAUCAGUGCCAUCAUAUACUUAGUGUCCAAAUUGAGUUUCUGUGGACCGAACAAAAUUAAUCAUUUCUUCUGUGAUUUUACCCCAGUGAUAAAACUCUCCUGCAAUGACACCUAUUUGGUUGAAAUAACAGCCUUUGUAGUGUGCUCCAUAGGCACCCUUCCCCCAUUCCUAAUAACUCUGACCUCUUAUAUUUGCAUCAUCAAAAGCAUUUUAAGAAUCCCGUCCACCACUGGGAAACAAAAAGCGUUCUCUACCUGCUCCUCUCACCUCACAGUGGUUUCUUGCUUCUAUGGCUCCUUGAUAAUUGUCUAUGGCUUACCAGACAUAAGUUCUUUGAGUGAACUGAAGAAACUGUCUUCUCUGUUCUACACUCUGCUCACCCCACUGGUCAAUCCCCUCAUAUACAGCUUGAGGAACAAAGAAGUAAAGGGAGCAAUAAAUAAAACCUUCAAGAUGCUUUGUAAACCUCAUUCAUGUUCAUGA